UGACUUUAGAACUUGAACUGCGGCUUAACUCAACCACGAAAGUUUGAUCAUGAAGUAUGAGAUUCAAUCCCACUACUAAACAUUGUUCAGCAGCACACACACCACGCCUAACAUUAGUUGUCAUGAGGGUGAAGUUUGACAUCUGCAUUUGCGGGUGACCAACUUCAAUUCAGAUAGAUUCUAAUAUCUUUUUAAAAUGGGUUUGGGCUAUCUCAACUUCAAAAUCUAGCUCCUGGAUGGGGUGAAGAUUGCCACCACUUAUAAGUUAUAACCAUUGUCUAAAGUGGGAUUCUUUAUUCUCAACAUCGGAAAUAUAUAUUACUGCUAAGAUAAUAUCCUGUAUCAUCAGAGGUGUAUAAUAUAUUAUUUAGUGCUUUUGAUUUAAAGGGAUCUGAUAAAACUGAGAUCAUUAUGCUACGGCUACUCAAAGAUAAAAAAGUCCAGUGCGAUAGAAAUGCAUUGAAGAAUAUGGAAAACCUCAAAAUACUGGUAAUUGAAGAAGCAUGCUUUUCCAAAGGACCUAAUCAUCUCCCAAAAAGUUUAAGAGUGCUAAAAUGGUGUGAUUAUCCUGAAUCAUCACUUCCGGCUGAUUUUGAUCCAAAGAAACUUGUCAUACUUGACUUGUCUAUGGGCCAUUUUACAUUCAGAAAUCAAAUGAUCAUGAAAUUCAAGUCUUUGAGGGAAAUGAAGUUAAGCGGUUGUAAAUUCUUAAAGCAAGUACCUGAUAUAUCUGGAGCUCCAAAUUUGAAGAAAUUGCAUCUUGAUUCCUGCAAGAAUUUAGUUAAAGUUCAUGAUUCCGUUGGACUCCUUAAAAAACUUGAAGAUUUGAAUCUCAAUCGUUGCACAAGUCUCAGGGUUCUUCCUCAUGGAAUUAACUUACCUUCUCUAAAAACCAUGUCCCUUAGGAAUUGUGCAAGUCUCAAGAGAUUUCCAGAAAUUUUAGAGAAGAUGGAAAACAUAACAUACCUUGGUUUAAGCGAUACUGGCAUAAGUGAAUUGCCUUUCUCCAUUGAACUUCUUGAAGGGCUUACAAACCUUACAAUAGAUAGAUGCCAGGAGCUAGUUGAACUACCGAGUAGUAUUUUUAUGUUGCCAAAACUAGAGACUGUUAACUAUUGUGUUUAGAACUGCUGCCACGUUUGCUGAGUUCAUUUUAAUUCUGUUUUGAAUAUUUUAAAUAUGUUCUCCUAAUUUCUAGUUCAGUUUUAUUUCCUCCUUGUUUUCAGCAAUCAGUUUAACUCUAGUAUUCUAUCGUGGCCUAACUUAUAGGAACAUGAUAUUAGUGGGCAGUUAUUGUCUAUUCUGUACUUUUCUAUUUGUACGUUUGAAUUGAAUAACAAAUUUACUCUUCUUCCACUUGUUCUAGCAACCACCUUUAAUCUUUUCCUCUGCAACUUUACAAAAUCAUAACAAAUUGGUAUCAGAGCUCUCUUCUUGAGGGGCCUGUGAAAUGGAUGAUGAGUCAAGUUUUUCAAAAGUUGCUCCUCCUCUCUUUGAUGGGAACAAUUAUGACAUUUGGGCUGUCAAAAUGGAAGCUUACCUAGAAGCUUUGGACGUUUGGGAAGCCAUAGAAGAGGAUUAUGAAGUUCCUCCGCUGCCAAAUAAUCCAACUAUGGCUCAAUUGAAGUUUCACAAGGAGAAAAAAACAAAGAAGGCAAAGGCAAAAUCUUGUCUUUUUGCUGGUGUUUCAGAAACAGUUUUCACUAGAAUCAUGACCCUCAAAACACCAAAAGCAAUCUGGGACUAUUUGAAGGAAGAAUAUGCAGGGGAUGAGAGAAUUCGAAGCAUGCAAGUGCUGAAUCUGAUGAGAGAAUUUGAGUUGCAGAAAAUGAAGGAGUCAGAGACAAUAAAAGAAUACUCUGACAAAUUACUUUCUAUUGCAAACAAGGUUAGACUACUCGGCACUGGAUUUGCUGAUUCCAGAAUUGUAGAAAAAAUCUUGGUUACGGUGCCUGAAAGGUAUGAGGCAUCUCUAGCCUCUUUGGAGAACACAAAGGAUCUUUGUAAGAUCACUUUGGCAGAAGUCAUUCAUGCUCUGCAAGCACAAGAGCAACGAAGGGCCAUGAGGCAAGAAGGAGUUGUUGAAGGAGCACUUUCAGUCAAGUAUCAAGACAGAGAGAAAAUGUGGAAGAAAAAGAACAAGAAGAAUUUUAGUGCAAGUGAUGAUGCUACAACAAGCAACAAUAAGAACAAGAUCGUAAGUUCAAAGGGUAAUUAUCCUCCAUGCCAACACUGUAACAAAAUGGGUCAUCCUCCUUUUAGAUGUUGGAGGCGACCUAAUGCAAAAUGCAGCAAGUGUAACCAAAUUGGUCAUGAAGCUGUAAUUUGCAGAACUGAAUUUAAGGAGCAAGAAGCAGAUGCUCAAGUUGCUGAUCAAGAGGAGGAGGAUGAGGAGGACCGACUAUUUGUUGCUACUUGCUUUUCAGGCAGUGAUUCAAGUGACAGUUGGUUAAUUGAUAGUGGCUGCACUAAUCAUAUGACAUAUGACAAAGAAAUUUUCAAGGAAUUAAGGAGUUCAAAGACCUCAAAAGUCAGAAUUGGCAAUGGACAGAAUAUUUCUGUAAAGGGAAAAGGCACCAUUGCAAUUGUAAGUUGUUCGGGUACAAAACUUAUCUCUGAUGUUCUCUAUGUUCCAGAAAUUGACCAAAAUUUGUUAAGUGUUGGUCAAUUGUUAGAGAAAGGUUUCAAGGUACACUUUGAAGACAAACACUGCCUGAUAAAAGAUGCUUCUGGCCAAGAGAUGUUCAAGGUCAAGAUGAGGGGAAAGAGCUUCACACUUAAUCCAUUAGAGGAGAAGCAAUCUGCAUUUACUGUCAAAGAAAGUGUCACAGAGAUGUGGCACAAAAGGCUUGGUCAUUAUCACCAUCAAGGAUUACUACUGCUUCAAUCAAAGAAAUUAGUGAGGGAUCUACCUAUGUUAGAAGAUACUCUUCCUCACUGCCAAGCAUGUCAAUAUGGAAAGCAACACAGACAAUCAUUUCCAAAAUCAGCUUGGAGAGCAACACAAAAGCUUCAGUUAAUUCAUACUGAUUUAUGUGGACCACAUAGAACAUCGUCUCUCAACAGUAGCCUUUACUAUAUUGUCUUCAUUGAUGAUUUUACAAGAUUUUGCUGGAUUUUUUUCUUAAAAUUCAAGUCAGAAGUUGCUGGAGUGUUUUUGAAGUUCAAGAAACUGGUGGAAAAUGAAAGUGGCUGCAACAUUCAAGUUCUAAGGUCUGAUAAUGGAAAAGAAUACACAUCUGGAGAAUUUAAUUCAUUUUGCGAAGAAGCAGGUAUAAAACACCAACUUACCGCUCCCUACACUCCACAACAAAAUGGAGUUAGUGAAAGAAGAAAUAGAUACAUAAUGGAGAUGACCAGAUGCAUGUUGCAUGAGAAGAACUUACCAAAAAAGUUCUGGGCUGAAGCGGCAAAUACAUCAGUUUUUCUUCAAAACAGGCUUCCCACAACUGCAGUAAAGAAUCAGACACCAUUUGAGGCUUGGUAUGGAUACAAACCUUCUUUAAACUUUCUUAAAGUAUUUGGUUGUUUGUGCUUCACCUAUGUUCCUCAAGUUAAGCGUGAUAAGCUUGACAAGAAGGCAGUACAAGGCAUCUUCAUCGGUUAUAGCACAAUAUCCAAAGCUUACAAAGUUUUUCAACCAGAAACGGGAAAUAUUGUCAUAAGCAGAGACGUGCACUUUGUGGAAAAUGAAGAAUGGGUAUGGGAUACUUUAAAAGUGUCAAAUCAAGCUUCAAAUCAGAUUAAAAAUGUUGAGAGGCAGACUAGUGAAGAAGAUUGGAAAAAUGAGAUGGUGGAUGACAUUCCAAUCAGAGGAACUAGAUUACUUUCUGAUGUUUAUGAAAGAUGCAACAUUGCUGUUUGUGAGCCUGCUGAUUUCAAUGAAGCAAAACUUGAUCGAAAAUGGAUGGUUGCAAUGAAGGAGGAGCUGCACAUGAUAGAGAAAAAUAAUACAUGGCAACUUGUUGAUAGACCUCAAGACAGAAAAAUCAUUGGUGUGAAGUGGGUGUUUCGAACCAAGCUAAAUGCUGAUGGCUCCAUCAACAAGCAUAAGGCGAGGCUGGUGGUUAAAGGCUAUGCUCAGAUUUUUGGAGUAGACUACUCAGACACGUUUGCACCAGUUGCCAGGCUAGAUACUAUCAGGUUAUUGCUUGCUGUUGCAAUACAAAUGGGUUGGAAAGUGUACCAAUUAGAUGUUAAAUCAACAUUUCUAAAUGGUUUCCUGCAAGAAGAAAUCUAUGUUGAACAACCCGAAGGCUUCAUGAAGAAAGGGGAAGAAGACAAGGUUUAUCUCCUUAAGAAAGCUCUCUAUGGACUGAAGCAAGCUCCAAGAGCCUGGUACAGCAGAGUAGAUAAUCAUCUGUUGAGUUUAGGCUUUGUUAAAAGUUUAUCAGAAUCCACUCUUUACAUUAAGCAAUGUGAGGUUGAUAUUCUUGUUAUAUCCCUUUAUGUUGAUGAUCUUUUUGUCACUGGAAAUAAUGCAACCUUGAUUGAUAAAUUCAAGAUGGAAAUGACAAAAGUAUUUGAGAUGACAGAUCUUGGGCUGAUGACUUUUUUUCUCGGAAUGGAGAUUAAGCAAAGUCAAGAUGAAGUUUUCAUUUGUCAAAAGAAAUAUGCAAGGGAAAUUCUGAAAAAAUUUCGUAUGGAAGAUUGCAAGUCAGUAAGCACUCCUAUGAAUCAAAAGGAGAAGUUGAGUAAAGAAGAUGAAACUGAAAAAGUAGACGAGGCCUACUUUAGAAGUCUGAUUGGGUGCCUUAUGUAUCUUACAGCAACAAGACCAGACAUCUUGAAUGCUGUGAGUAUCUUAUCUCGGUUCAUGCACUGUGCAAGCGAAAUUCAUUUGAAGGCUGCUAAAAGGGUGGUUAGAUACAUCAAAGGCACAAUCAACUUUGGCAUCAAGUUCAGGAAAAGCAAGGAAUAUAAGCUGUUUGGGUUCUCUGACAGUGACUGGGCAGGAUCCAUUGAUGAUAUGAAAAGUACCUCGGGGUACUGUUUUAGCUUUGGAUCAGGAGUUUUUUCAUGGAGUUCAAAAAAACAAGAAACAGUGGCUCAAUCAACUGCUGAAGCGGAAUUUGUUGCUGCUACUGCUGCUGUAAAUCAAGCUCUAUGGUUGAGGAAGAUAUUGAGUGAUCUUCAUCUUGAGCAGAAAGAAGACACUAAGAUCUUUGUUGAUAAUCAAGCUGCAAUAGCUAUUUCCCAUAAUCCGGUUUUUCAUGGAAAAACUAAACAUUUCAACAUCAAGCUGUUUUUUGUGAGGGAGGUACAGAAGGAUAAUGUUGUAGCACUUGUUUACUGCAAAACUGAAGAGCAGAUAGCAGACAUUUUUACUAAACCUUUACCAGCUAGCAAGUUUGAAGACCUGAGAACUAAACUUGGUGUCUGCAGUAUCUAAAGCAAGGAGGAGUGUUAACUAUUGUGUUUAGAACUGCUGCCACGUUUGCUGAGUUCAUUUUAAUUCUGUUUUGAAUAUUUUAAAUAUGUUCUCCUAAUUUCUAGUUCAGUUUUAUUUCCUCCUUGUUUUCAGCAAUCAGUUUAACUCUAGUAUUCUAUCGUGGCCUAACUUAUAGGAACAUGAUAUUAGUGGGCAGUUAUUGUCUAUUCUGUACUUUUCUAUUUGUACGUUUGAAUUGAAUAACAAAUUUACUCUUCUUCCACUUGUUCUAGCAACCACCUUUAAUCUUUUCCUCUGCAACUUUACAAAAUCAUAACAGAG